AACAAUAUAAAGCAAAAUACUGAAUCAAACAAUUUCGAGUAAUUGCUGCAAAUAUUAACAUUAAUUAGUUUAUUUUUAUUUAGUUGUUUAGUUGUAUGUUUUCUUGUGUACCGUUGAAAUUUGAGUGGAACGCGGAAUAGUUGGAUAGAAAGGGCGGCGACAAUAGCCGAACAGCAGCGAAGGCAGUCGCGAAAAACAGCGGAGUGCGGAUUGUGGAUUGCGAAUUGCGAAUUGCGGAGUCGAAUCGAGUCGAAUCGAAACGAGGCGGGUCGAAUCGAAUCGAACCGAACCGGCGAGCGACGACCAAGAAACUGAAACAGAAACCGAAGCGCAGCGCAGCGCAGAGCAGGCGCCAAGGCAGUGACGCAGCAGCGACACAGCAGCGCAGUCAGCAGCGGCAUCAGCGAGCGCCAAAUGGAGCCAGCAACAGCGGGUGCCGGUCGUCGGCCGUUCGCGCGCAGGCGCCGCGAGCAGCAACAGUCGCAGCCGCAGCAGCAGCAGCAGCAGCGCAGGACACGCCUGAGUCCCGUGUGGAACUCCAACUGGAACAGCGACAAGCGUUCGCCGGCGCGCGGUUCCUCCAACAUAGCCGUUGUGCGACCCAGCAGGAGCUCCAUCCAAGCCCAGAAGACCCGCCCCGCCAGCACUUGUGUGCAUCCCGGGGGAUGCAACACCUUCUCCAACCCCUACCUGUCGCUGCUGUACGGCAAGGAGCAGGCGGAUGCCGGCGUUGGGACGAACCGGAACCGCACAACGGCCUACGGACGGACCUGCACCAUGCCUGCGCCUCCCACUGCCAGUCAAGUGGCUAAGGGCAGACCGCGCACGAGGACCGGCCUAGUCCGCAAGACCGCCAAGUCCAAGGAGUGCCGCCCGCACCAGUGCUCCAGCUUGGAUCACAUGGUGCCCUGUGCGAAGAAGGCCCUGGCCGAGUCCCACCAGCAGCUGGAGAUGCUGCUCACCGGGAUCGAGCGGGAGAGCUACCGUGUAGCUGCCCUGCGUCCACCGCCACGCCGCCGCCGAUCCGGAGGAGCCCGAGGCCGAGGCGGCUCCAAUAUCUCGAAGGGCGUGCGCCGCCAGACGGGCAGACCGCCGCCGCCGGCGCCCGCCGGCUCUCCCAUGCUGAGUGCCCGCUGCAAGGAGAAUGCACCGGAGGACGCGGAGCAUAUCCGACACCUGGUACCGUUGGCCUGCAAUCCGCAGCUGCUGCCGCCGGCUAAGCGGGAGGCGCUGCUGGAGCUGAUAUCGCGGGCCGAGCAGCACGACAAUGGCAUAGUCGAAUUGCUGCGGCCACCCAUGGGCAGCUCCUCCAGGGACACCAGGCUGACGAUGCUCCAGAUGCUACCCCUGAGCCUGGACGAGUGCCCGUAUGUCGAAAAUAUCUGGACAGGACGUCAGGACUACCUGUAUGCGGCUGGAUGCGGCCAGCAGCUGCCUGAGAAGCUCCGAACCGAAGAUGAGCGCUUCAAGGAGGCAAAGAUCCUGCGCAGUCGCACCGGUCAGGUGCUGCUGUCGCGCACCCUCGAGGAGGAGCUCAAGGACGAGAAAAUGGUGCUACACUUUAUGGAGGAGGAGCGCAAGCGGCGCCAGCAGCAGGAAGCGGCUGCUGCCUCGCAGCCUCUCAACGAGCGCCAGCAGCAGGCGAUGCGCGAGCGGGCCGAGCUGGAGCAGCACAAGCAGCUAGUGAGCCAGUGCCGGGAGCGGCGGCGUCAGCUCGAUCUCAAGAGGGAGCUGACCGAAACCCGCAAGAGUCAGCGGAAAGGGAAAAUACACCCUCGCAGGAUGUUGGCCAAAGUUGUUCCCGAAAGCGAGGAUGACGAGCAGGACGUUGCGCCCUGGUCCAAUCUCCGGCGGUCUAAUAAACCCCCACAUAUCGUCCACCGAUCCGUGGCCAAGGCAGACGAUGAUCCCGAUCUCGAUGCCCUGAAUGAGCUCCUCGAGCGGCGGCCAGAUGCCGCUACAGAUUAUCAGCUUCAUGCUCACGACAUUGUUCAGCCUGAGAUCGAGGAUCAAUGGAGGGACGCUGCAUCGUCAUCCUGUUCCCGGGGCAGCAAUCAGCCCUCAGAAAUCUUCGAGCGAUCUCUGGCGCAGGCACACGAAGAACCCGAUGCCCUGAGGGAGCUGCUCGAGCGGCGGUGUCAGUUCCAGGUACAUUCUCAGGCCAUGAUUUUCCCCAAUAGCGAGGAUGAAGAACAGGACACUGCACCCUCAGCCAUGCUCCAGGGCAGCAAUCAACACUCAGACAACUUUCAACGAUCCGUGGCCCAGGCAAACGAUGAUGAUCCCGCUGCCGAUCUGAAUGAGCUCCUCGACCAGCGUGACCUGUUCCAGUUGCAUUCUCAGGCCUGUUGCCUCUACCAAACUGUCCGAAGCUCUACGCCCUGGGACAUCUGUGCAGAGGUGGCCAUGACCUGCAGCUUGGAGCUGGUGGACGGCUUGUUGGACUGCGCGUUGAAUGGCAGUGAGACCAGCGACAAAGAGCUGUCCGUAUAGCGAAGGCGCAGACGUUAGUGCUGCCUCUUCGCUUAUGGCAAAUACACAGCACACAGACACCCCUUCGUUGGCCCAUUCUGGUGCUCCACGUAUGCUCAAAGUGUGAGCAAAUCCCAAGUUCUCCAGUUGUUGGACACUAAUCUAAGCGUUAAUUCCAAGUAAAUUGAAAGUAAUUUAAAUCAGAUUUACCCAAAAUAAUAAUCGUGUACCCUUCAAAUUUUGUUCUUCAAAUGUAAUACAAAUUCUUUACCAGUUCUAACUACUACAUACAUACUACUUACAUACAUACUCGUACGUGUUUGCUACUGUUUCUUCUUCGCUGCUUCCGUUUUCG